UUCUUGAGGACCAUAAAUGCAGCAUUUCUGAUGACGUCACAGAGGGGAGAUUAAACAUGGCGUCCGGGCAGCAAUGGGUGUUGGUGGAAAUGGUGCAAGCAUUUUAUGAGGCUCCUGCUUAUCACCUGAUUCUGGAGGGGAUCCUCAUACUGUGGAUCAUCAGACUUCUCUUCUCGAAGACCUACAAACUCCACGAGACCUAUAAACUGACAGAGAAGGAAAAGGAGGACCUAAUUGAGGAGUGGCAGCCAGAUCCCCUCGUUCCUCCCGUUUCCAAAGACCAUCCCUCCCUCAAUUAUGAUGUUGUCACGGGGCCUCCCAGCCACAAAAUCAUAAUCAAUGGAAAAGAGUGCAUUAACUUUGCAUCAUUUAACUUCCUGGGUCUCCUCGACAAUGAGCGGGUUAAGCAAAAAGCGUUGGCAUCACUGAAGAAAUAUGGUGUUGGUACAUGCGGUCCAAGAGGCUUCUAUGGAACUUUUGAUGUUCACCUGGAGCUGGAGAGUCGUCUGGCCAAAUUCAUGAAAACAGAAGAGGCCAUCAUCUACUCGUAUGGCUUUGCAACCAUUGCUAGUGCGAUCCCUGCCUACUCCAAGAGAGGGGACAUCAUCUUUGUGGAUGAAGCAGCCUGCUUCUCCAUCCAGAAGGGUCUUCAAGCGUCCCGCAGCUUCAUCAAAUACUUCAAGCAUAACGACAUGGAGGAUCUGGAGAGGAUGCUCAAGGAGCAGGAGCUGGAGGACCAGAAGAAUCCUCGCAAAGCUCGAGUGACCCGGAAGUUCAUUCUAGUGGAGGGGCUGUACAUCAAUACUGCAGACAUCUGUCCUCUCCCUGAACUGGUGAAGCUGAAGUACAAGUACAAGGUGCGGAUCUUUCUGGAGGAGAGCAUGUCUUUUGGUGUGUUGGGAGAACACGGCCGCGGAGUCACAGAACACUUUGGGGUCAAUAUCGAUGACAUUGACCUGAUCAGUGCCAACAUGGAGAACGCUGUGGCCUCCAUCGGCGGCUUCUGCUGCGGACGCUCCUUUGUCAUCGACCACCAGCGUCUGUCAGGCCAGGGCUACUGUUUCUCUGCCUCCCUGCCUCCCAUGCUGGCUGCUGCUGCCAUCGAGGCCCUGAACAUCAUGGAGGAGGAUCCAGAUAUUUUCACUGUCCUGAGGGAAAAGUGCAAACAUGUUUACAAGGCUUUACAAGGAACUCCAGGUCUGAAGUUAGUCGGAGUACAGUUCGCCCCGGCUCUUCACUUACAGCUGGAGACGAGUUCAGGCUCCAGAGACUCCGACAUGCAGCUGCUUCGCUCCAUCGUAGAUUAUUGUAUGGAGAGACGCGUGGCUCUGACCCUCGCUCGUUACCUGGAAAAAGAGGAGCGUUUCCUCCCCGCACCCAGCAUCAGAGUGGUAGUCACCGUCGAACAGACGGAGGAGGACAUCCAGAAGGCCGUGUGUUGUAUCCAAGAAGCGGCUUCAGCUGUCCUCAAAUGACAAUGUCGUGUUUGUCGCUGCUGAAACGAAGCAGACGUCACUGGAUUACUUUAGCAGCAGUCCACUCAGUUGGACUGGAUAGGACGUCCCUGUGAGGGGAACACUUCCGACCACAGACUGUGAGCCCUGAACACUGUAAGUGUCAUGAGGAUAAUUACUGAUAAAUACACAUUAUAUUUUAUAUCUGUCUCUAAAGGAUAACUUUGCUAUUUUGCAACCCUAUUUUCCCAUGUUUUUGUGUCUAAGUGAUUAAUGAGGACAACAAUUUUUUUAAAUUGGUCCAGUAUUGAGGGAGAACGCUGCAGCCGCCAGCCACUAAACAAGCUGUAAUGUAAUCAUUU